AGUCAAGUCACUGAUAGCCAGCCAGAUAAUCAGCCAGACGACAGCCAGAAAACGACAGACAAUGAUAUGAACAGGCUGGCCCGCUCUGUCAUGGCCCUGGGAUCGUCGUCGAUCGCGUCUCAGGCCAGAGUGCCCAUCCCGAAAAAUGGAGUCGACUACCGUGGGAAAAUCGUCCUCGCCCCCAUGGUGCGCUCCGGCGAGCUGCCUUCACGUCUCGUCUCGCUGAAGUACGGUGCAGACCUCGUCUGGGGCCCCGAAACCAUCGACCGCUCCCUCAUCGGCGCCGUCAGACGCAUCAACCCUCGCAACAACACCGUCGAGUUCACUCGCGUGCCCUCCCACCCGGGCCCAGAUGCGAAAGAUAAGGUUUCCGUCAUCUAUCGAAUCGAUCCCGCCAGGGAAAAGGGCAAACUCGUUUUCCAGCUGGGCACCGCCUCGCCAGAACUCGCCGUCGAGGCUGCCAAAGUAAUCGCCGACGAUGUCUCUGGCAUCGACGUCAAUGCCGGAUGCCCCAAGCCCUUCAGCACCCUUGGAGGCAUGGGUGCCGCCCUCCUGCAGACCCCAGACAAGCUCAUUUCCAUCCUUGAAGCACUUGUGCGCGAGGUAGGCCGGCCCUGGCAGAUUGGUAUCUCCGUCAAAAUACGCCUUCUCAAGGACCCCAAGGACACCGAACGCCUAGUCACUGCUCUCUGCGCAACGGGUAUCACGGGACUUACCGUCCACUGCCGCACCACACCCAUGCGGCCCCGCGAGGCCGCUAUCCGAGACCAGCUGCCAAUGAUAGCCUCCAUCUGUCGCUCAGCGGGUGUUGCAUGCCUUAUGAAUGGAGACGUCAAGUCCAGAGACCAUGCCCUCGAGCUCAUGAGCCAGUACGACGUUGACGGGGCCAUGAUAGCUACCUCAGCAGAGUCAAACUUCUCCUGCUUCCGCAGUGCUGCGGAUGGCGGAUGUGUCUCCUGGCGUGAGCUGGCGCAUGAGUACGUCGCUAUUGCCAUGGAGUGCGAGAAUAAAUGGGGCAAUACAAAGUAUCUUCUAAAUAUAUUCUUGCCCGGCAAGGACAAGGUCGCUCAAGCUGUCAAGUCUGCACGGACAUAUACACACUGCUGCACCCUCCUGGGGUUCAACGACCUGCUCCCUGCUGCAAACAAGAUUGAUGCCAUACUCGGCAUUUCGGACAGGACCGAGGCUGGCCUAAAGCGCAGUGCAGAGCUCCUUGGCCCAGCCCUCCUUGCUUCAGCUACUUCUACUGCUACCACUACUACUCCAGAGGUUGACAUUCCGCUGGAUUCGAAUGUAUUAAGAGGUGAUACCCUCAGCAACCAAAUCACCGCAUAAACAUUCCAUCGGCGG